AUGGCCGCCUUCGUGCGCGUUUCAGGCCCGGCAAAUGGCAACUUUCUAAUCGGGUACCCAGGAAUCUCCGCGACUAUGCCACGUAUCGAGGGUAAAGUCGAGAUUCGCCCAGAAGUCGGUAUUUCAGCGCCAGUCAACGUUUCGCUCGUCACGAUCUCCCUGCUCCGCCGCGAAACAAUUCACCCUUCGGCCGACUCCCUCACAAAGAAGCGCCUGGCGCCACCACGGAAAGAAAUUACAGAUAUUGUCGGCAAAGAAAUGCUUCUAUUCCGAUGUCCCGCCGGAAAGGAAUAUGAAGAGGUAAUAUCUAUGGAUUUGCCUUUCGUGCUAUUUAUUCCAUUUGGUCGUGGGGGCCGCGAUGCCUCGCGCCGUGUCCCCCCAGCCAGCGUACAGCUUCAAAGUCGCACCGCUGAGACAUACUAUGAAAUGGUUGUUAUGGUGCAACAAGGCCAGCAAGAACAGCACAAAUAUACCUUCCCCGUCCCCAUUGCGCGCUACGACACCCUCUCCACUUUCGGCAUGUACAAUCGUCCCGAGUCCGCGGAGCGGGUAUCAGAUCAUUUGGUCACACUCGCAAUCUCACUACCACGGUGGUCCUAUGGUCCCCUUGACCCUGUCAGCGUUUAUGUCAAGUUAUCACCAAACGAGAGUUGGAUGGCCAAGGCGCGCAAAGUGACAAUCAACAAAAUCACAAUUGGCAUUGACGAAGAGAUCAUCUACAACCACGAGGGCGACGAGCCCCAGCGCAAAGUCAAAGUUUUAGCAAAGAAAACGGAGACUAUUGGAGUGAAGCUGCCUCAAUCCGGCUAUUUGACAAACCUUGGAUUAGUGUUUCCCGCCAAGGACCUGCGCGACGCAGAGGGGAUCCUGCCCAGGAAUAGGGCGGCUUUCCCCACAUAUGGUGUGAGCGGCUUCACUACCACAGCCAGUCUAUAUAAAAUCGAGUACUAUCUCACAGUUCGCGCCCACUUAACCUCCGCAAGAGACAUCACUAUCCGACAACCAAUCGUGGUAUGUCCCCUUGACCAUGCUGGCUGUAAAGAAGAAAUGGAGGCCAUUGAACAAGCCGCCCGCGAUGCCGCCCACGUCAAUCCAGACAACCCAAUGUUGCCCCUCCCAGCAAUAGUACGACCAAACGACCACAAUGCUCUCAGCCACCUGGGUGUCGCCAUUGUUGGCAACCAGAAGAGACCUCUCAUCGACUGA